AUGGUAGGAAAGGCUAGAUUCCAAUUUUACCUUAUCUGAAAAGCUUGAUUGCUAAAGCUUGUGAAGCCAUAUGUGAAAAUUCUCGAAGAACACACUAAACAUUCAGUAAUAGUGGAAAAGAAUAGGUGUUAUAUCAUAGCAGUUAACUAUAAUGCAAUUGGAGUAGACCGCCCUUCUCGAACAGCGCAGGGCCUACGCACCCUUUACAAAAGGCUCAAAGAAUGCAAACAGGAGCUAUUGCAGCAAAAAGAGACCCAAUGAUUUAAAAGCAAUAUUUCUGAGCCAACCAAGAAAGUUAUGGAGAUGAUACCCAGAUUCCAGUUUUGCCUGGUAAGAGACAGGAACCACAUACAAAGUGCAAACUUGGAUGAGGCACAGGCUGGUACCAGUUCCACACAGGUAAUGUUGGAUCACCAUCCUGUUGCUAUUACAGUGGAGGUGAAGCAAGAAGAAGACAUUAAACCUCCUCCACUGGUUUUAAAUUCUCAGCAGAAUGAUAUUUUAGAGCAAAGAGAAGAACAUGAAUUAGUACAUGUUAUGGAAAGAUCCUUGUCGCCUUCACUUCCUCUGUUGAUGUGAGAAUGACAUCGUCUCAUCUUCUAUCCAAGGAGAGAUGAUUUUUUUCGCCAUGAGAAUGGAGAACACUUUAGGUCACUAUUAGGGUAUGAUCCUCACCUGCAAAUGUUGAAAGAGGAGCAUAGAUAAUUUAGAAAAUCAAAAAACUUCGGAUUGUAUGUUCAGGAGAAGAGGGAUGGAUUGAAAAGAAGGCAGCAACUAGAGGAGCUACUAAGAGCAAAAAUUGAAGUGGAGAAGCUGAAAGCAAUUUGCUUACGGCAUGAUCUACCUGGAUAUAAAUAG